AUGUGAAAAGGACUCUUGAACAGUCCAGUAAAGGGAUUUGCCUCAGAGACCUUGUCGCCCAUGAUGCUGUCUCUCAGGGUUGGAGCAGGGAAGGUCCCAGCAGCCCAGUUUCCAUCAGUGGACCAGAGCUCCCAGUGGACCCACAGGGUCAGACAGUGGGCUCUGACAGAGACAACUCCUCAGAUGAGCUCAACAGCAAGUUCCGCUCUCAAUGCCUUCACUCGUCCUCUUCCUCUUCCUCUUCAUCCUCAGCCUAUGAGAUGGGCCAUGGACCAAGCUCCCCAGAAUCGACCAUCAGAAUAACACCCAAAAGCCCGCUUCUGUCGCGCUCUCCAUCUACCAACAACCCCUUCCCACAUCCUCCAGUUCACCAGUCAGGCGCCAGCAUGACCUUACCGAAAGUACGGACUCCGCUCACCCCCAGAGACAGCAUCCAGCUAGUCAAGAAGCAUUACAGCCAGCCACAGCCCAGCCUGGACAGACUUCACCACCUCAACGUUAACAUAGACAUCAUGACCCCAUCCUCUACUUCCUCCACCCUCAAGAGCACAGGCACUGCCGCCUCGCCCUUCUCGCAGGUUGUGGAAGAAACCGACAUUGAUGAUGGGCUUUCUGACAGCAUGGACGGGGUGGUGGAGGGGUCAGGAUCAGAGGAGCCAUCACGAGAUGGAGUCUCCUUUGUGGGACUCGCAGAAGAACUGGAGCGGCUAGAUCCAGAGGUUCUCAAGCCACCAACUCCUCCUUUACACCGCUUCCCUUCAUGGGAGAGUCGGAUCUACGCUGUGGCUAAGUCAGGAAUGAGAGUAUCAGAGGCCAGUCCUGGAGCCAGGGGCCCCGGGCGAGGGUCCAACUUACCCCAGUAUCCAGCGGCAGGUCCGUUCACCCAGUUGAUCUAUAAGAAUAUCAAUGUACCAGUCUACACAACACUGAAAGGGAAAGCCACUCAGAUCAGCAGUGUGCCUCUGCUUGACGAUGACUCGGGGUCUGAGGACGACAGCAGCUCUCUGGCCAGUUUACGGACUUCCAUCCUGAGCCCGGACAGGAAGGGCAGCGUCCCUGGGAGCCCGCGUGCCGUUAAGAGAGGUGUGUCCAUGUCCUCCAUCAGCUCAGAGAGUGAUUACGCCAUUCCUCCUGAUGCCUACUCCCUAGACAGUGACUACUCCGAGCCGGAACAUAAAGUCCAGCGAACCUCCUCCUAUUCCUGUGAGAGCACUGGGCCUGAGAUGCUGGAGAAAUCUGGGUACCUGCUGAAGAUGGGCAGUCAGGUGAAAGCCUGGAAACGUCGCUGGUUCAUCCUGAGGAAUGGAGAGAUCCUCUACUACAAAUCUCCUAGUGACGUCAUCAGGAAACCUCAGGGUCAAAUUGAGCUGAACUCGUCCUGCCAUAUAGUACGUGGAGAAGGAGCACAGACCUUUCAAUUGAUUACAGAGAAGAAGACCUUCUAUCUGACCGCCGAUUCACCCAACAUCCUAGAGGAGUGGAUCAGGGUCCUGCAGAACAUACUCAAAGUCCAGGCCAGCAGCCCUGUCACCGUGGAGACCACCGCCAAACCCACUGUGAGAGGCUGGCUUACAAAGGUCAAACAUGGACAUUCUAAGCUGGUGUGGUGUUCUUUGGUCGGAAAAGUCUUCUAUUACUAUCGUAAUCAGGAAGACAAGUUGCCUCUGGGACAACUGCAGGUGCGGGAGGCCUCAGUCCAGGAAGUGGAUCGCUCCUGUGAUUCAGAUGAGGACUAUGAGGCAGGCAGUCGAGGCUUCCUCUCCUCCCACUGCACAUUAGUAGUCCAACCAAGAGACCAGAGUCCUACAUACCUGCUCAUCGGCACCAAGCAGGAAAAGGAUACUUGGUUGUAUCACCUGACUGUGGCAGCGGGCAGUAGUGCAACCUUUAAAGUGGGCACAGAGUACGAGCAGCUCAUUGUUAAACUCCUCGAUGCAGAGGGAGACCCAGAAUCUGUUUUGUGGAGGAGCGAGGCCUUGAGCUUCUGUAAGGAGGGCCUGCGCUCGCCUCUUACCACUCUGCCCUCUGAAGCUCUGCAGACAGAAGCUCUCAAGCUUUUCAAGUCCUGUCAGCUCUUCAUCAACGUGCUGGUUGAGUCUCCAUCCAUCGAUUACCACACCUCGCUGGCCCAGAAUGCUUUGCAAGUGUGCUUGACCCACCCAGAACUGCAGAACGAAAUGUAUUGCCAGCUGAUUAAGCAGACCAACUGCCGGACGCCACACAACUACUCCCUCACACAGUGCUGGCAGCUGUUGUCUCUGUGUGUGGCUCUGUUCCUUCCCCAACAACAUUUCCUUUGGUACCUGAGACAGUACCUGCAAAGCAAUGCCGACCCAAGGAGUGAGGUGGGGAAGUAUGCAGUGUACUGUCAGAGGUCUGUGGAGCGAACACUGCAGAAUGGAGAGCGGGAGGCCAGACCUUCUCGUAUGGAGAUCGUCUCCAUCCUGCUGAGAAACCCAUACCAUCAUUCACUGCCAUUCAGCAUCCCAGUCCACUUCAUGAACAACACCUAUCAGGUGGUGGGUUUCGACGGCUCCACCACAGUGGAAGAGUUCCUCAAUACGCUGAACCAGAGGAUUGGCGUGAGGAAACCACAGCUGUCUGGGUUUGCCCUCUUCACUGACGAUCCAUCUGGCAAAGACCUGGAGCACUGCCUGCAGCCGUCUGCCAAGAUAUGUGAUGUCAUUUCCAAGUGGGAGCAGGCUCUAAAGGAGCUGCAUCCUGGGAAAAACGAGGGGACACGGAUUGUCCGUCUAACAUACAAGAGCAGGUUGUGUUUCAGAUCUCAGGUGAAAGGAGAGACAGAGCGAGAGCGCCUCCUGCUGGCGUACCAAGUGAAUGAUGAAGUUCAGCAGGGCCACUUCCCUGUGAACAAAGAGCUUGCUCUUGAGGUGGCUGCCCUCAUGGCACAGAUUGAACAUGGUGAUUUGGAGAGACCAGCUGCCUCCUCUCCAACUGGCUCUCCUCAGCCUAAGUCUCAGCUGAUUCUUCUGCAGGCCUUAGAGCGCUUCUACCCCAAACGCUACAAACAGGACUUCAGCUCAGAGGAGCUCAGAGAUCUUACUGAGCGUCUGGCCACUAAGUGGUCUAUGCUACAUGGGUGCAGUGCACCCGAGUGUGUGAGAAUAUACCUAACUGUGGCUCGGAAAUGGCCCCUGUUUGGUGCCAAACUCUUCAGUGCCAAGCCUGUCCCGCCCUCUCCUGUUGAGCAGAGCCAGGUGUGGUUGGCAGUCAAUGAAGAUGGAUUGUGUGUGCUGGACUAUGCAAUGCACACGCUGGUCACAUACUCCUACCAGUCUGUGAUUACUUUUGGUGGUUGCCGUGAUGAUUUCAUGGUGGUCACGAGCCAGCAGAGGGAGCCUGGAGUCGGGAAGAAGAGCGUGGAGAAGUUGGUCUUUGCAAUGGCUAAACCAAAGAUCCUGGAGCUAACUCUGCUAAUGGCCAGCUACAUGAACCACUGGAACCCCAGCCUCCCGUCUGCCUCACACCAGCCCCUCGGCCACUGGGACGUAGAGAGUAGGCACUUCCCUGCAAUGAACUACACCACCAAGGGCCCCACACUACUGUGAAUUGAGCAACAAGAACAACAAAGACUGAUUAACUACCGGGAGGCUUGAUGGCAACAGUUACCUUUAGUCCGCUUUGGAUUGCAUGCUCGGGUACUAGAUUAAGUGUUGGUUUUUUUUAAAUAAAUUUGAUUUAGAAAUGUCAGGAUCAGUCUUGUUAGACUAUUUAUUGCUACAAUGAAAGAGUAUUUCAAUUCUGCAAGAUCAUGUUCUAAUUCCUUGUUAAGAUUGGAAUUAUUUUUACUAUACAGAAGUAGUGUGAGGACUUGUCGCCAACUCGUCACAUUUCCAUGUGCAGUGUGAUCCUUUUAGCCAUUGCUCAGAUUUUUUAUUUUUGUGUUUUCCGGUCUUUCAGACCUCAGGCUCUUUUUAUUUCAUAAAAACAAAGCUGUUGCCUUCUGAGAGCCGGUUUGACUGGAAUACAGUGUUGUGCGUCACUGUGUAUUUGCCAUGAAUGAUCACUUGUACUUGACAAUGCACCAGUUUAAAAAGGUACUGUGCAAUUAGAAAGGGAAUGAUAUGGCUUUUGAUACUCUAGUUUAAUAGUUUUUAAUAUCUUAAUUGGAUAUAAUCCACAUCUAAUAUUACUCUAAUUUAGAACAAUUAUUUUCAUUAUAGAUGAUUUUCUUAAUUUAUUGAUUAAUUGCCUGGUCUAUAAAAUGUCAGAAAAGAAACAAAUGUCUUUGGCAGGUUUCCAGGGCCCAUGUUGACAAAGUUGUUUUUUUUAAAUUAAGUUUAACGUCGUAAAAAAUAAAAAAGAGAACAAAAAAUCACAAAUGAGCUGCUGUAACCACAAAAAGAUUUGCUUUUAUAAAUUACAAUGAUGACUAAUUAUCAAAAUAGUUGCAGAUUAAUAAUUCUACCAAUUGACUAGUCAGUUAAACAGCUCAUUGUUUCUACUCUUUCCUAAUAGAAUUUGGUUUUCUUUAUAAAAUAGGGGGUAGCACAGCAUUUUCCCCCCAAAGAAAUUAAGGUCAUAUUUAACCUUUUUUGUAAUCUUUAUGUUGUUUUUAACAGAAAGUUACUAUUUAGCCCACUUGUCUAGCAUAAAGCAGGCCAAAUAAAAGUGAAGUGAAGAAUUUGGUCAUGUUACUGAGGUAUUCAAUAAAACAAGGGGAUAUAAAAAGGUAUGUAACUGUAUCUGUGAAGUUUUACCAGUGCAACAUGUUUGUAUGUAAAUUUUUCUGCUGGUUCUCUAAUAACGUAUUUCUCUGAAACUCGUAAUCAGGUCACUAAGUUUUAGUAAUCAACAAUCAAAAGGAGAUGACAAAAAAGAAAACAAAGAGCUACCAAAAUAUUUUAAUGACUUGAACUGUUUUGGAUCAAACCACUGUUUUGCUCGUGUCCAUAUUAGUUAUUUAUUUUACUUCCCGGCAUUUUUUGGCUUUUGCUUAAAAGCUAAUGUUUCCACAACUGUCACAUUUAUUUUGGAAAACGUACAGUUUCCUUUCUGUAGCAGAGUAAUUUAAGAGCAGUGUAUGUUUGGUUAGUGAAUCUGUACUAGAAUGUGUUACAAAUGUUUGAAAGAUGGCAUCUCUGUGUUGCCUGUAUGUGUGUGACAAAAAAAAUAAAUGAUACAACCCUGUG